AUGAACGAACUUGCGAGGCUUGCCGCUGAUUCGGUCGGCGCAAGGGGAUGUGUUCAUAUCAAAAAAUUUCCUGAUGGCAUGUUCAACAAAACGUUCUUGUUCACCAUGGCAAAUGGCAUUGAAGUGGUCGCAAAGGUGCCAAACCCCAACGCCGGACAGGCUUGUCUUACGACAGCUAGUGAGGUGGCAACAAUGGAUUUUGCUCGCAAUGUCUUGGGUACUCCUGUUCCACGUGUUCUAGCCUGGAGUUCGAAAGCAGGCGAGAAUGCUGUUGGUGCCGAAUACAUCAUUAUGGAAAAGGUUGCAGGUGUCCAGCUAAGUCACGUCUGGCACAAUAUGAGCAUCGAAGAUAGAUUUGAAAUUGUGAAAGCGAUCUCAGGAUAUCAAAAAUCUUGGUUGUCUACUUCCUUCACGAAAUAUGGGAGCCUUUACUAUUCAAGCGACACCGACCAUCAGAAAGAAUGUGUUUUAAUAAAGAGCGAUGGCACUCGGGCCACAGAGCCUCAUUUUGCUAUUGGGCCAUCGACAGGUCGAGAUCAAGUUGAUCAUGGGCGGGUAUCAAUUGAUUUUGACCGCGGACCAUGGGAUGAUGUUUUUCAGUAUCGGCGCGCAGUUGGCUUUCGAGAGAUUACCUGCGUACAGAGCAUCGCAGAACUCCCCCGAUCCCCUUUGAGUCUUUAUGGACCCGGUACAUACUGCCCGACUCGGGCUAAGAAAGCAGCUGCUCUACACAGUUACCUUCAGAUGGUGCGAUACCUCUUACCAACCGACACGUCGAUUAUGGCGUCCGUCCUGUGGCAUAGCGACCUUCACACGGAGAACAUUUUCGUUAACCCGGAACGCCCCACGGAAGUUUCAGGGAUCAUAGAUUGGCAAUCAACGGAACUAUUACCUUUAUUUGAACAUGCUCGCCAGCCGUAUUUCCUGGAUUAUGAUGGACCAACCGUCGAAGGCCUUGUACCGCCAGCUUUCCCCGAGAAUUUCGCCGAACUUUCGUUGGAAAAACAACUGGAAGCAAAACAGCUCUAUAUGAGCAUGUCUCUGUCGGCAUUAUACAAGAACCUUACACAUCGCGACAAUCCGGUACUUUACAGGGCGAUGGGGUUUCGGCAGACCAAAUGUUUCGAAAUGAUGCUACUUGCCCAGAAUCUUUUGGUAGACGGGGAGGCAUUAUACCAGGCCAAUGCUCUGGAUCUGGAGAAAGAAUGGCCAGAUAUACCAGGCGUUCAAGCAUUCGGAAAUCCUCCUUUCCCAGUGCAGCUCUCCGAUGGUGAGAUUAGCUCACUCGAAAGUGAUGUUUCUGGCGCCAUUCGAGGUAUGGAGUUGUUGGCGGAUAUCAAGAAUUCACUAGGUGAGCUAUGGCCAGAAAAGGGAGUCGUGAGGCAUGAUCAGUACGAUGAUACAAUAAAGCUCCUGAACCAAGCCAAGGCCAAAACAUACAAGCGUCUCAAGUCUUCUGAAGAAGAGCGAGCAUGGAAAUGA